AUGAGCGCGUGUUUAUUUUCUCAACACUUUUGGGGAGAGAAGCACUCUGGAUUUGAUGCUAUGUACCAGAACUUCAAAUUAUGCUACCGCACUUCAGCAGAGUUCGCAGAGUUCUUACGGGAGAGCUAUUCUGCGGAAGACAACUAUUACAAAGCAUUAAUUAAAUUGUCAAAACAAGCAAGUUCUUACAACAACACUAGCAGUUUCAAGCCGUGUUGGUCCUUGUUAAAACAGCUCAUCGACCAAGUCUCUCAAGUUCAUCUGAACAUUGCUCAAGAACGACAAAAUUUAUCAAGGGAUGUACAAAAGUAUCUUGAAGAGCAACACAAGCGGCAGAAGCUAAUUAAGGAUACAGAAGCUUCUACUCAAGAAGUGGUACACGCAUUUCAGGUGACUUCAAUGCAGCUUCAGAAAGCUAAGGAAGCAUAUCAUUCACGUUACAGUGAAUAUGAACGUGCUAUGCGCUUGGAAUCUGGUUCUAGUCGAGAGCAAGAAAAACUGGAGGUGAAGCUGAAGAAAGCUCAAGAUGAAUACAAGUAUUCAGUGGAAAAGUAUAAUAAUCUGCGUAACCAAUUUGUGAGCAAAAUGCACAUAUCGUGUGCUCAGUUUGAGGAAAUUGAAGCUGCCCACCUAGAACAGAUGAGAGAAUUUCUGCACCGUUAUGCGUCAGUAUGGUCUGUUACAGGUGAUGUCUUGGGUAAACUACACAAUCAGUUUGAUCAAGAUUUGGCUGAGUUAACUACAGACAGGUUAUUGAAUAUUCUCGUGAGUGAAAGGGGUACUGGAACUCUUGAGCCACAAGGCGUACAAUUCGAAGACGCAGAAGUAGCCGCUGCAUUUUCAUCUAAUGGAGCUGAGCGUGCAAAUGGGACAACAGGAAAUGGUGUUCGCGCUUUGGAAGCCUUUUUUGGUCGUGAAGCUAGAGCUGCUUCUGCUCUCGCAAUUGUCGGUUCUGGCAGUAAAGAUAAUGGAGAAUUAAGUCUCAACAGUUUAACAGAUGUAAGAGCCGAUGCGGUUUCUGUCGCUAGCAUUUCUGUUGGAGUUGCACCGUCAGUAACGAAUAUUUCUAUCUCUGGUAAUGGAACAACAAAACGUAGGGAAGGAUUUUUUCGUCGACGCCGUAAUUCCUUAUCUCAAGAUUCUGCUCAUACUGCCAACGAAAGUAAUCCAACAGGAUCAUCUACCUCAGUUAGUGCUACUACAGGGAUUAAUACCAGUGGUAGUAGUCUUAGUGCUUUUACUGUUGUUGCAAAACGCGGAAUUCGUCGGUUCGGUACUCCCUACUCAAAUGGCAAGGAUAAGCAAACAAAGCAAGUGAAUAAAUCAGAUACAAUAACUUCCAAAAGCGAUGAUUGGCGGACAGCAACGCCUGUAGAAUUACCAAAGGAUGAAGAUGGAUAUAAUAUCAGACCAUCAGAUCCAUGGGGUGAAAAUGGUGCCAAUCUGGAUCAUUCUGAAGCUGAUGAUUCAGCCUCUGAAGAUGAGUCAGAGAAUGAAGCAAAUAAAACAUUUCAUGGUUUGAAAGUUAAUAUUCGUCCUGUCGGAGAACUGGCUCCAGGAAUAACAACUAAAUAUGACAGUGAUAAACCUGGAUCUCGUCCAAAACUCCCAGAAACACUAAAAAGUCUUAAAUACAAUGCUAAUUCACAAAAUCCCGUACUUAUUGACCAUCGUGUUGGAAGGACAGCUAAGAUGAAAAUUUCCACAGUUACUUCAGCAUUCGAUAUAAAAUCGAAGUAUAAGAACCAAUAA